UCUGAGGAAAUUAGACUGUAUUGAAAAAGAAAUCGAUGUACAUAUGUAUGGUUUCAUUCUACGAAAAUGAUUUGAACAAACGGACCGGUAUCCAGGAAGAGCGCCCCGCUGAUAAGUUAGAGCAAAAGAUUGACGAGUGGAUUCUUCAGCCCUCGGCAGCCAGUUUUAAUCGACUGAGCAACUUGUCUUUGCUCAUACAUAGGCGUGUUAGGGCUUCAACGAGGCUUCAACGAGAUCGAAGAGUCGAACGGAUUGAAGCCAGCUUUGACGUCGUGGGUCACGAGAAUGGCCGGGCCAUCACCGAACCCAUGGUUCGUUCCUAAGAGGGCUUAUACAGUAGAC